AUGGGCAAAAAUGCCUGUCCAGCAAUUCCUCCCAUCCCAACUUGCUGUGUUGAAUAUGACAAGGAGUUCACACCUCACCAGCGGCACCACAAGGAGUUCAAAUUUAAUUUGUCUCAGAUUCCUGAGGGCGAGGCCGUGACGGCUGCUGAGUUUCGAAUCUACAAAGACUGUGUCAUGGGGAGCUUUAAAAACCAAUCCUUCCUUAUCAGCAUCUAUCAAGUGCUACAGGAACAUCAGAACCGAGCUUCUGACCUGUUUCUACUGGACACACGGGCAGUGUGGGCCUCUGAGGAAGGUUGGCUGGAGUUUGACGUCACUGCUACCAGUAACAUGUGGGUGAUGAACCCUCAGCACAACAUGGGGCUUCAGCUGAGCGUGGUGACUCGGGAUGGUUUCAGUGUGAACCCCAGAGAAGCAGGCCUUAUAGGCCGAGAUGGUCCAUAUGACAAACAGCCUUUCAUGGUGGCGUUUUUCAAAGUGAGCGAAGUUCAUGUCCGGACGACUAGAUCAGCGGCAGGCAGGCGCAGGCAGCAGAGUCGCAACCGUUCCACCCAGGCUCAGGAUGUUUCCAGGGUGUCUAGUGUCACAGAUUACAACAGCAGUGACUUAAAAACAGCUUGCAGAAAGCAUGAACUUUAUGUUAGCUUCCAAGACUUGGGAUGGCAGGACUGGAUAAUCGCUCCAAAGGGCUAUGCAGCCAACUACUGUGAUGGAGAGUGCUCUUUUCCACUCAAUGCACAUAUGAAUGCAACCAAUCAUGCCAUUGUACAAACUCUGGUUCAUCUUAUGAAUCCUGACUACGUUCCCAAGCCAUGCUGUGCACCUACCAAACUGAACGCCAUAUCCGUUCUUUAUUUUGAUGAUAAUUCUAAUGUAAUCUUGAAGAAAUACAGGAAUAUGGUAGUAAGAGCUUGUGGAUGUCACUGACAGUCUUCACAUGGACUCUGUGCUUCUACCAUGAACUUCCCUCCUACCUUGCAUACUUCCAUGAACUACCUGACCUUGGAAAAAUAAUCCCAAUGAAACACUCUUCAAAACACCAUUUUUGUGCCUUGUGAGAGGAACGAGUUUGGGGCCCAUACUUUGUGGUGUCAGAAGACUGCUGCAGUUCUUAAAA